AAUAGAAAAAAAGUUGCUAGUUGCUGAUGUCACCGAAGUGCUAACAUUAAUCACUCACAGCAUCACUGGUACACACAGAAGAGCAUCUAACAGGGAUGCUGAAGCAGUGCACUGUCCAACAGGAGGUAAGUGAGAGAGGAGGAAAAAGACAUCAUUUUCUCCUGUAUUUUCUCUGAAAACCAAGGCAACGGCAUCUUUAGACAAGAUGUGCUCUUGCAUGAAUUUGAGUAGAAGAGACAAAGAAACCAUGCCAUCAGCAGCAUCGGAGAAAAAAACUGAAAGAACCAAGCAAUGAGAAUUCAGUCGAGGAAAUCUGAGGGGAAAAAAAAAAUCAAGCAAACUGACAAAGAGAGACCAUGAAGGAAACACCUAAUGUAAAAAAGGACAGAAAAUUUAGUGUUUUUUUCCUUUUCACAACAUCACCAUAUGAAAAUUCUGUUCUGAAUUUUGCAUCAGGAAGCAAAGAACACUACUGAUAAAGACCCACACCACAACCUCAGUGCUGAAACUUCUUAAGUGAAACAGCAAUCUCCCUUUUCCAAAGAGAUCACUACUGGAAAAGAAAAACUACCUAGGCAACAUCACAAUGGGAAUAACCAUCCAAAACAUCACAGGAAACACAGCAAUGGUAAUUUGGCCAAAAAUGGCUAGCUGUGCUGACAGCUUUUACAGCGUCAUGUACCACCCCAACUGGAACAGCAUGCUUUCAAGUUACUCAAGAAAGAACUUUCAGAAGGAAGAGAGAGUGCCCGGAAGUCAGUCUUCGUUUGUCAUUGAAAACCUAACUCCAUUAACAACAUAUAUUCUGUGUGUGACUUGUCAGUCUGCAAACCCCUCCAGUGACCAGUGCAGAACUUUUCAUACGCUGGAACAAGACCCCGCAUCUGCAAGCAACGCAAAGAAAGAGCUAGCGCUGGGCAUCUGGCUCACCAGUAGUGUUCUGCUCCUCAUCAUUGCUGGGAUCCUCCUCCACGGCUGUCUGCAUCUGCUGUGCCGUAAGGGACAGGAGCAGCCGGAAGGACGAAACAGGACCUCAGAAGACGACAACGGGAAGACGUGGACCAAAAGCAUGACACAGACCUCAGAGGAGCUCAGCAGGCAAAGCCAACUGAUUCAAGACACUGAGAGAAAGAAUUCAGGUGGUAUCCAGCUGGCCACAAUGACAGAGAAUCCCUUAACUUGCACAGAGCCCAUCAUGAGGACUUCCAAAAGCCAGGAACUAGUGCCAAUGACAGAGCAGCAUUCUGCUAUGAAUUAGAAAUCUUCUAUCAGGACAGAGGUUUACUACACCUAACAUCCAGACUACUUCAAACCCAUCGAGUGCUUUAUCUUUUCUCAGCUCACAUCAAGGAGUUCUGGCUGCCCCCUGUAGCACCCCAAACUCCACCUUUAAUCACAACAUCCCUUUCUAACAACCCAUAUAACAGCCAGAGGUACUCAGAUGUAAAGGUUUAGAUUCCCAGGAAGUGAGUACUCCAGCUGCACUUUGCUACUGAAAAAUGAAGCAUUUAGCAAGUGAUCAGUUGCUAUUUUGAGGAGAUUUUUUGGUUCCUUUCCUUCACUCCAAAGCAGUAAAUGAGCAUAAAACCAUAUGAAAACUGUGACCAGGAGAAUAUUUGUACUAAUAAAAAUUAAAACUGAAUUGAAAUUUUCAGAUGGAAACCCAGACUGCUAUUCUAUAGGCAGCUGAAAACUACCCCGAGUACAAUGGUUUGCCAAUAUGAAUUUUAUUCUCACGAUUCAGAUUGUUUCUCAAACUAUACAAUUUCCUGACUGUGGUGCUCUUAAUAGUUCCCAUUCUGAAUUAGUUCAGUUACAGUAUGCAAACUAAACUCAUCAGUAUUUUAAUGGUAUACUUUUAUAUGUCUUUAAAUAUCCCCUCAGUCUAAAAAUAUAUUCAAGAUAGAAGUGUCCUUAGAGACUCACUAACUAAACUAAGGCAAUAUCCUGGAUUAUCUUAUUCUGCAGUCAUUCACAUGCACCAUGAGCCAGCUUCUGCACCAUCGAGGAGUGAGUCCCUGUAGAAAGACAGGGAGCCCAGGAAAGCAGCUCCCGAUCCUUCUCUCUUUCCCUUUCAUUUGUAAUGAUAAAACUCACUCAUCAGCUGCAAAUUUCUAUCCAGUUAUAAAGUCAGUCUUGUAUAAUCGGGGCAAGGAAGUAAGAACAUGUCAAAACACAUUUUAUUUUUGGAACAAUCAAACUUGCUAAUCAUCUAACUUUGCCCUGAAUUUUUUGACAAAGUACCAAGAAAGGCCCUGAGACAGGAAUCGGUUCACCCUCCCAAAAUGAUGCAUCUUGUCUGGUUUACAUAUGUAAUACACCCAUUUUUAAAUCCCUUAGGUGCAUUUGUAUUCCAUAAAAAUGUAUUAAGUCUUAGUAUCACUGUAUAAUAUGGUAUUUCUAAAAACAAACAUAAACUCUGACUGCAUGCAUUUUAAA